CACAACAUAUGUGGUUCAACUAUUUCAUUUCUUGCAAACAUUCCACAAAAAUUCAUGACAAUGGAGAUUUCCUUGAAGAUGAACAAUACUUAUAAGGUGGAAAAUAUAUUUCCAAUAUUGUUCAAUAUUCCAAAAGCUGGAAAAAACAAAUGGAAAGUUAGUCAUCAACUGAAAAUAAAAGCGAGUAUGCAGACAACUGAAAAUACCAAUAAUUUCUAUGAAGUUCUUUCUCUUUGCUCUGAGAAUGUAGGGAUUAAUGAGAUAAAGAAGGCUUAUAGAUGUAUGGCUCUUCAGUAUCAUCCUGAUGUUUGCAAUCACUCAAAUAAAAAAGAGUCCAUGAGACGAUUUAUUGAAUUGCAAAAGGCAUAUGAGACUCUUUCUGAUCCAAUUUUACGAGAAAAUUAUGAUUAUCAACUAAGGUUGAGGGAUUAUUCUAAAGGAACAUUUGGAAGGAAAUCUAGUGAAAAUGGUAGAGUUGUUCUUAAGGAUGUGUGGGAAAGGCAGCUCAGUGGAUUGAGAAGAAAAUCCUUCAGUAGGAUGGAGAAAAAGAGAAGCAACUAAAUUCGAAAAAGUCUUGCAUGAUAUCAAUUACCAUGUUUUUGUGUUUUUUUUCAUAUUUCUUUUUGUUGGUAUUUCUUCCAAUUUGAUUAAUUCCUGAUAAAAUUCUUUUCCUAUGCUCUUAUUUCUUUUAAACAAAUAGGAUCAUCAUCAGGAGGUUAUUCUUUUUUAUAUGUUGUUGUCUUUUAAGAGUUACUUGCAAUGUAAUAUUGAAAUGAGUGAAUAUUCUUGAGAUUUAUAUUUAAGUGAAUCUUUUUUUUUUA